GUUGCCACGGAGACAUCUGGAUACAAACCUGGUAGCAGCGGGCAGCAUGUCCCCUAAAGUUCAAUCCAAAGGCUCCAAAGCCAAGGACCCCCAACCCUCAACACAGGAGAAUCUGCCACCCCCAGAGGCCAACGCUGAGGCCAUCCACUUCCUCAACUCCCUCCGGCAGGAGGAGCUGCUGCUGCUGUUCUUCUCAGAGACUCUGGUCAUGGUCUCCGACACAGGGGAGCCUCAGGGAGAGCUGACCAUUGAGGUGCAGAGAGGGCAAUACAAAGACAAAUUUGGUGUCAUAACGUACGUCCCCUUCGUGCAUGCCUCCAGCCGAGGCUUCGUGGACAAAACACUCUGUGGAAGCUCCCUUCUGGCCUAUCUCUCGUGGAAACUGGAGGUUGUGAAACAACAGAGUCAGGAGUUCAUCAAGUUCCACAUUCUUCCCAUGGAACAGAAGACGAGUUUGCUGAAGCAGGAUGAUCAGCUGCUCAUGACCAGAAUGGUCAAGGAGGGUGAGGAAGUGAAGACCGAAGUGACUUUCUUCCCCAGGCCCUCCAUUGAGGGCUUUGUCUCCCAGGCUGCUAACCUGGUGUUGCUGAGGGUGAUGGCCUGGCGGCAUAUGGUGCCCAGCAAUGCCCGUUUCCUGGCCUUGGACACUGAAGGCAAACUCUGCUAUUCUACUUACCAAGCCCUGGGCUCCCAGACAAUCCAGGUGGGCCAUCAGCAGGCGGAAGUCUUCAUUGUGGAGCAGACGGUACACUCGGAACAAGGCAUCCCCAUGUCCUGCCAGUUUUACCUGCUCCCUGAUGGGCACCUGGCCAAGAGGAUCCAGGUGGGCUCCCCGGGGUGCUGCAUGAUCACCAAGGUGCCCGUAUUGAGGGAAGAGGAUGAUAUUGAGCCUCGCCCAGUAUUUAAGAAGAAGCCCCUGGUGUGGGAGGAGGACCUGGAGCUCUACUCGCGGUUCCUGGACCGCAAGGAGGAGCUCCGUCUCAGCCACAACAGCUAUCUACGGCAGCACCCCGAGGCCCAGGCGCUCAUCUCCGACUUCCUGCUCUUCCUGCUGCUGCGCCAGCCGGUCGACGUGGUCACCUUCGCCGCCGAAUACUUCGGCCCCUUCGCCAAGAGACACCCGCCCACCCCAGCCUUGCGCUCCUCCAACCGGCCCAGCCCCUUCCGCGAGCUGGAGCCGGAGCGCAGCGAGGCCUAGGCGGGCAGCAAGGCGGCCCGGGGCCUCCCUGGCGGGGACUGGACAGGAAGCGGGGGCGUCAGGGCUGGGCUUGGACGGGAUGCCGGCGGGACGCACCCCGGAGGCGCGAUUUCCUGCCUGCGGUUUUAAUGGGAAUAAACGGGGCGCUCCCCAGCCUCUGCUGU